AUGAUUUCAGGCGGAAACCAGAAUCCAACAGAAUAUGGCUAUGAGGAAAGCAUCCGGGAUGGAUAUACUCCAUCGAUGGCCGACGCCGAUACUCUGCACAGCUCCCAAGAUCGUCUCGUUCCUUCUGCGCCGCUGGUCGGCACACCCUCCGACGUUCCUCACUUAGUGUCGAGUCUGCCUAAUACCGAGCAGCAUCUCAUCUACUCCCUGCGUCAGCUGAAACUUACAGGAUGGAAUAGCGGUGACAAAUCUGUGUUCUCAAUGAACAAAACUGAGCAAGAUAUUGUCAACCUUGCCUUCAAUAUGGCCCCAACUGAGCAGUUGACAGAGUUUGAGCGCUCUGUUCUUGCAAAAGUUCGCGGUUGGCAGAGUGCUACCCUCCCUCCGUUGUCCCUUGCAACGCAUGCACAACGAACCUUCAUUAACGCCAUUCGCGAAUGGCGUCGUACUCAGCGGCCCCAGCCAUUCAUCAAGCGCAUCUUCCGCAGGUAG